UCAGUGCGUACGUGCCCACGGACUCCAUAGAUCCUGUUGCCCGGUUUCAAGUGUCUCGCUGCUAGCUUUCCCUGUGUUGUUGCGGCUUCCCGUAAUGAGUUAGAACUAUGCAUAGAGCGAUGUCCCAGACGUGAAUGUAGCGACGACCUUGGGCGGGGCGAGUUGUGGCGGGAACAGGUUGACCACUCUUGCCGCUUACGUAAGCACGAGGAUGAGGCGCUCGCCCCAGGCACGCAGUGCAUUGAUUCCCCGAAUGCGAGUGGCAAGGCUACCAAGUAGCAGGAGCGCGAAGAAUGACAAACAAUACCUCGAAGGCCCGGAGAAGACACCGGCAAGCCGUUGCUGUCUCUUUGGUCGUGGUUUUCCGGAUGGCGUUGCUUUGUGGAGCGUGGUAUUCGGACACCAACAGCAUCUACAGGCAGUACGGUGACUGGCAGUGGCAAGACGCCUCGAGCCCCGAGUUCUUGCAACUAGCCACCGAAGUAGAGCUCGAUGCAAACGACGGAAGGAAGAACUACAGCGUGGCUAGCGAAGUGCUACGAGCCUACGUGCAGGUGCUGAAUGGAUUAAGCUACAAUCUCACCUAUGUUGCUCGAAAAACAAAGUGCCCUACAACUGAGCGCUUCGACGAGGAUGUUUGCACGUCUGGCAUUCAGCAUGUGACUUCAACGGGCAUCACCAGCUAUGUGGAAGCACAAGGAUUAGCUUCAGACAGUGUGAUCACGGCAGCCCAAUGUAUCGGCGGGGCACUUGCUUGGACUUAAUUCAAGGCGCUUUGCUGCGUGCACACAGAGUGUUCACUCUCUCCAGCUUUCCUCUUUCUAGUCCCCCUUUCCCUUCCACCAGUGUAGGUUAGGAAACCGGACGCUCGUCUGGAUGCCCCUGUCAUUUUUUCUUUGUUUUCUCUAUGGCUCUCUCACUCUCUCUGGUUCUAGCCUCUUUCGUGGGCCAACCCCGAAGAUAGUGGAGUCUAAAUAUAAGUGCCACUAUGGUCAUUGGGUGUGUCAUGACAACGGGUAUGGUCCACCGUGGCCAUUAGGUUUGUGCUACUGUUUGUGCGCCCCCGCGGUUACUGGGUAUGGGCCGUGAGGCACGGGCAACUGGGCCGACUGGGUAUCUCAUGACUAUGAGGUUGAUGAUGAUCAUGAUUGGGAUGGUGAUGCAGUCAAUGAUGAUGAUAAUGAUAAUUGAUGACCAAAAUUUGGAAGGUGAUUCAACUUUCAGUUGACGUUAAUCAAACGUUGUCACUUCCAGCGCGGUUAUCACAAUAACUCGUGCCGUUCAUACAGCCCGUUCUCAC